AGUCGGUCAGGAAGCCGCGCAGCAGCCAUGGCUUUUAAGGAUAUCAGAAAAGCACCCGUGGAGCCGGAGGUGGCAAUUCACCGAAUUCGAAUCACCCUAACAAGCCGCAACGUAAAAUCCUUGGAAAAGGUGUGUGCUGACUUGAUCAGAGGCGCAAAAGAAAAGAAUCUCAAAGUGAAAGGACGAGUUCGAAUGCCUACCAAGACUUUGAGAAUCACUACAAGAAAAACUCCUUGUGGUGAAGGUUCUAAGACGUGGGAUCGUUUCCAGAUGAGAAUUCACAAGCGACUCAUUGACUUGCACAGUCCUUCUGAGAUUGUUAAGCAGAUUACUUCCAUCAGUAUUGAGCCAGGAGUUGAGGUGGAAGUCACCAUUGCAGAUGCUUAAGUCAACUAUUUUAAUAAAUUGAUUACCAGUUGUUAAAAAA